AUGUUAUCAUCUAGUGAAGAAAUAGUUAUAACAUCAGAUGAAUCAUCAUUAUCUUUAGAUCAUGGUGAUCAACAAGAAUUUUCAUCUUUUAAUAAACAUAUUUCAUUAACAAUAGAUAAUAAUUAUAUAAAUGCAUUAAAAAAUUUACAAAUAUCUUAUAAUCAAUUGGAAAGUCGUUAUUUAAAAUCUGUUAAUGAACUUGAAUAUAAAUUUCAUGAACAAUGUUCAUAUUUAUUUCAAAAACGUUCAAAUAUAAUUAAUGGAAUAUAUGAACCAAAUGAUGAUGAAUGUCGAUUAAAAACUGAUUCUAUUGAAUUACUUGAAAGAUCAUCAUUAUCAAAUGAUAGAUUAGGAAUUCCUUCAUUUUGGUUACAAACACUUAAACAAGUACCUAUGAUUGCUGAUAUGAUUGAAGAAUGGGAUGAACCAUUACUUAAAUGUCUUUCUGAUAUUAAACUUCAAUUACAUAAUCAACCAAUAAUUGGUUUUACACUUGAAUUUCAUUUUAAUGAAGAAUCAAAAAAAUUUUUUAAUAAUAUAAUUUUAACAAAAUUUUAUGAACUACAAAUUGAACCUGAUGAUGAAUUACUUUUCUAUGAAGGUACAGCUAUAAUACGUUCAAUAGGAUGUGAAAUUGAUUGGAUUAAUUUAAAAACAAAUGUAACACGAAAUAUUGAUACAGGUGAAUUACAAUCAUCAUUUUUUAAUUUUUUUACAUCAUCAACAAAUAUUGAUGAUUGGAAAUUAGCAACUGAUUUUCAAAUUGGUCAUUAUAUACGUGAAAAUAUUAUUCCAAAAGCAAUACUCUAUUAUACAGGUGAUAUAUUUGAUGAUGAAUAUGAAUUUAGUGAAGAUGAUGAUGAUGAUGAUGAAGUUGAUGAUAGUGAUGAACAACAAUAUUCAUUUAAAGAAGAAACUGGAGAAGGAGAACAUUUAUAA